AGAGACACAGAAGGCUACAGCCUACCAGACCAGGCCUCAGGAUGGACCAUGUUGUUAAGUUUGAAGGGAUUCCCAUGUCUAAGUCCAUGAGAGGGAUGUGUAAGGAGGAGGACUAUGCGUUCCUGGGAGAGAAGGGGAACAGCCACAAGGAGACAGACACGCUGGGAGAAGACUGGAAGGAAGACAAAGUAGAGAGGGUGCGGCGGCGUCGGGAGCGAGUGCAGCAGGAGCAGGACAGAAUCCGAGACCUGGAGGAGAGUAGGAAGGAAAAGGAGCAGCUGUGGCGUCAUCAUGUAGCAGAGUUGGCCUCCACUCAGGAACAAAGACUCAGAGAAAGACUGGCACGACUCCGUCGCUUCAGGGACUUCCAGAGGAGUGUGCUAGCAGAGGAGAUGUCCCUCCAGACAGACUCUGAGUCCAGCCAAGCCCUGGACCAGCUGCUUACCAGGAUCUAGACAACUUAGACCUGCAGGAAAGACCCAUUUCACAACCAGUUCACAGACAACCUGUCCCGUCUAAUCAGUAUAUAUAUCUAUAGUGAUCUAGACUAUAUAGAUCUAUAGUCAUCUCUCUGUAUUAAUAAUAGGAGCAGUAUUAGUAAUAGGAGCUGUAUUAAUAAUAGGAGCUGUAUUAAUAAUAGGAGCUGUAUUAGUAAUAGGAGCUGUAUUAAUAAUAGGAGCUGUAUU